CCGUAGAAGACGCUGUUUGGAGCGACUCUACGAGCAUCUGUCGAUGAACGGCAAUCUGUUCAGCUGUUGACGACGAGUGUGUAGUUCGGGACUGUUUUCUAACACAAUAUUUUUAGAUGUUUAAUUUCAAAAUUUAUAUUUAGGCUAUUCGGUUUACACAACUUUUAAUUUGAAAUACUGCAUCUCAUUGCGAAUUUGAUCAAAGAAAUUAAGCGUUCGAACCUGUUAUUUGGCUCUAAUUCGCUCUUGCCUAAGAGGACCUGUUCGGUGCUCGUUGUGUUUGGAGGAGCGAGUAAGGGAGCCGAACCAUUCCUGAUGAAAGAUCUCAGCCUGGAGUGUCGACUGUUUGUUCAUUUCCAUAGAUGCUGCCUGACCUGCUGAGUUCCUCCAGCAUUUGUGUGUGUUGCUCAAGAUUUCCAGCAUCUGCAGAAUCUCUUGUGCAUAUGAUUUUCCUCUUGUGCUGCUUAAAAGUGAGGGAAUGAGGGCGCAGAAUCACAGGCCCCGAAUUUACUGACCUCUCAAGUGGCUGCACUCAAAUGUUCGACUCCUCAUGGAAUCCAGCAGCAGAGUGCAAAUUUGCUGUAAAUUUCCCAGCAUGGGGCUGCAAGGGACCAAGGCAGUAUAAGGUUAAUACUUCUUGAUCAUUAUUGCAAAUAUUGGAUCCUAUUCUCAAUUUUGUCUCUUCUAAAAGUGCAGACUCUUCCUGGGGUAAACUUCCGAUUGUCUCAUCUUUCCCAGUCGAUGGGUUUCCUUGUACGCGAACCAAGAUGAGUAAUUAUUGAUGUUUUAAUGUACAGUUGCUGAGAAACAAUAAUAGUCUGUGAAGAUGCCGGAUAAAGAUAAUUUAUUUAACAGUGGUAAUGACGAGGCUGGCCACAGCUCAGAUGAUAUUUGCCGUGACUUCCUGCGCAAUGUCUGCAAACGUGGCAAGCGCUGCAAGUUCUACCACCCUGACAUUAAUGAGGUAUCCGACUUGGGCGUUAAAAAAAAUGAGUUUGUCUUUUGCCAUGAUUAUCAGAACAAGGAGUGCACUCGUAUCAACUGCAAGUUUAUUCAUGGGACAAAGGAAGAUGAGGAACAUUACAAAAAAUCAGGGGAGCUUCCCCCACGUCUGCGCCUUACAGUAGCCAUGGGUCUUGGCCUUUCACCAUCUGACCUUUCCUUUAAAAAAGGCGAGGUUCCAAUCUGCCGAGAUUACCUGAAAGGGGACUGUCAAAGAGGAUCUAAGUGUAAAUUUCGGCACUUAAAACGUGAUGAAUAUGAGUAUGAAAACAGAACCUUAGAGAGAUUGGCACGAGACCAAGUGCUUUCUCCUGUAGUGCGGCGAUAUGACCCAUUUGAUGACCUUUAUGACUCUGAUCGCUAUACUGAUUAUGACCAUAUACUAAAGAGGAGAAGAGUGGAUGGCUUACGAUUUGAAAGUUAUGAUUUUAGUAUCUCAAAUUCGCGUCCAGUGGACUAUAGAUUUCUAGAAGAGGAGAAUCUGAUGCUUCGAAAACGUGUUGAGGAACUUAAAAAACAGAUCUCAAAUUUGAUGGCAACUAAUGAGGUACUUUUGGAGCAAAAUGCACAUUUCCGCAACCAAACUAAGGUGGUGACGCUGACUUCCACUCCCACAGCAACAGAGCAAAUACUGGCAGCACCAACUGUGGCCACACUGACCAAUUACAACCAUGGUGUAGCACAGACUCAUACUACUUUAAGCAGCCAAGCACUUCAACCACGACCCGUCACCCAGCAAGAUCUAGUGGCAACUGCUGCAGCUUCUGCUGCAGCGCCUACCAAUGCUGCACCAACAGCACAGCAUCUUAAUCCUGAAAUUGCUUCUCUCCCUGCGGCACUUGCCCAGACCAUUGCUCAGGGAAUGGCACCUCCAGUUUCCAUGGCUCCGGUGGCUGUCUCUGUUGCACCAGUGGCAGUAUCAAUUGCACAAGCUCUGCCAGGAAUUACCAUAAGCCAUGCCACCACUCCAAUGGUUACUUAUCCAAUUGCUUCGCAGAGUAUGAGAAUUACAGCAAUUCCUCACUGAGAAGCCAUGAUCAAAGAAACACAUAAAGGUUUUAGAAGAGAUUCUGUUCCCAUGUUGCUUUCCAUGAUGUGUGUUAUAUAGAUAUGCACGCCAAAGCCAAAUUGGAUUCUGACCCAUAAUUUAUUUUUAUGUCGAUUAAAUAUUCCUCUUCAAUUCAUUGCAUAUUCUGAACACUUAUUUUACUCCUCAUAAUUUGUGCUCACCUCAUCCUCUUGUAAAUCCAUUGUCUAAUUUAACUUAAAAUGUGUGCAAAUGACACAGAAGUUUUUCUAUAAAGGUUUUUGUGUUAGAACAAAUCACUGGGCUGCGAUGCUGCGCAAAUAUUCCGAUCUACUUUUCUCCUUUGUCUAUUUGCUUUCUUGACGCAAAACUGAAGUUUAGCAGCAGAUGAAAUUGUAAGUUUUUCUGGCAGUAAUGAGCAAAAAGAAGUAGUGGAAAACUUUUUUUGUGGCUGUUGUUGGCGCUGAAUGACUGCUGAAUUUCCCAUAUAGAGGCCAUUGCACCACAGAGUAAUUCUCAGUGUGAAACAUUUUUGGGGCAUCUUGAAGAUGAGGUGGCGCUCGCUUAAAUACAAAUACUUUUUUGAACUUUCUGAACCAUCAGAUUUUACAAUUUAAUCUUCACAAUAUGAGAAAAAUGCAUUGCAUUACCAAAGUGUCUAAUUAGUUUUGAAGCUAUUAGAAUGACUGAACCUAAAGUGUACUUUCAGCUUUGUCAUUCUUGUUGCACUGGGUGCCCAAGGUAUGAAAAAGUCACAAAUCCACAAUAAUAAGAUUAAACUCUUACCUUUUUGCUAGCUGCAAGAGCAAUGUGAGCUAAAAGAAUUUGAAUUGCUUUUUCUGCUGGACACCAGAGCCCUAAACAAAAAUGUCCUUGGUUUGGCAUUUUACUUGAAUUAGUUUAUUGGAAGAAAUGGGAAGUGGAUGGGGAACACACAUAUUCAGGAAGGAUGUCAUGAGGUCAAGUGUUGUAGGUAGAAAGUGACUCUGGAUCUAGCCUGCAGCUGUUGUUGCUCUGGCGUCUCUUCUCUUGAGCUGUGAAUGCACCAAAACCGCAGCAAAGCACAUUUCUUAAUGUUGACUGGUGACAAUAAUUGAGGAUGGGACUGGAUAAAGAUAGUUGAGUAAAAUGGAUGAAAAACAAGUGUCAAAAACAGUUCCUCUGCAUACAGCUUGAGUCAGCAAUACAAAUCUUUUUCAAAUCCUUGUGUGAAAAUGCAUAUUCUAUUUAAUCCAAAUAUUGUAAUUUGUAUGCAAGUUCAAGAAAUGUACAAAUUCUUUGAUAAAUUGUGUAGAGCUGAUAAUUUACAGUAUACCGUAAAGUAAUUAUAAAGACAGUCUUACCUGGGGCCAGAAUAGAAGUGUUUGCACACCAUCUUUUAAGUUUGCUGAGCUGAACUGUUGCAGGUAGGGAAUGUGCACAUUCAUGUUGAAAAUAUCUUUUCUCCCUUUCAAGCUUGUGUCCAUCUCCAUUAGGAGCAGGACAUUCCUUUCCUGGCUAGUUGGCUUCAAACCAGAUAAUGCCCUUAAAGACAUUUUGAACACAGUUUAUCUUUUUUCUUAAACUUUGAAACUCUUGAAAAUCCACAGAUCAUGGUAAAAAUCCAUUGGGAUUUUAUAUUCAAUGUUCUGACCACAUGAUUCAUUUUCCUGAAAUUUGCCAAAAUGAUCUUCUAAUUAGUUAAAUGUGAAUGGCUUUUGUUUAUUCACUGUUGAAAUUUAACUGAUGUCACUGUAACAAUUCAAUUUCAUUGGACCAGGUGCUCAAUUUUAAAGGAGUGGUUGUGACAUUUUACCCAAAGUUUGAUUACAUUGUUGUUUAAUUAGCUAGUUAUUGGGGGCACUUACCCUCAAUUGUUGCUUUUCUGUUAACCUUAUCUUCAACUUGUAUAUAGUAGCUGUGUAGUCUUUUCAGAUAUGCACGUGAUGCUUGUCAGGUUCUUGUGUGGUCGAGAAAUUAGAACCAAUGAUCUAAUCUUGCACAAUUGAAAGAAACUUAAAUGAUCAAAUUCAUUUGCAAUGUUCCCAUUAUUAUUCUACUAGUUAUUUGUAAUAGCUCUUCAGCUGCUUUGCUGUAAUUUGUAUUAAGCCAGUGAGGGUGGGAAAGGAAUAUACAUUUCUCUGGACAACUUUCUCCCACAGCUCCUUAUGCUACCAUUAUGAACAUCCAGGAUUCCCUUGACUGAAACUAACACAUACAAUAUUGUUGGUAUGCUUGUAAAACAUUUAAGAGCCAUUCAAAACCAAGCCCUUUCCAGUUUGGUUAAGAGCUAUAUGGACGACAGUAUAGUAAACUAAGUAAAUACCAUAUAUCAUGGUGAUAGCACCAAUUAAAAUGGUGCAAAUGCUAGAUAUUGGACCCUUUUCAAGGAAUUUUCAAACUAGUCUGUAUAUUCAGUUAACAUAGGUGAGUGAAUAAAAGCAUUAUUUAAUGUGUCACAGAAUCCUGGUGAAUGUAACGUGUUUGAAUAUGACAUAUUUGCAUAAAACAGGAAUCUCUAUCACUAUUGGGUCAGGAAAAAUUCAAAAUUUAAGAUAAUUUUCUUAUAGUUUUAUGCAUAUUUAUAAAAUUGAUUCUGAGGUGUCUUAAAUUCUGUCAAAACUUAAUUAUUUUAAUAUUGUCUGUUUAUGAAAAACAGUUGAGCUAUCAUUUUAUAAAAUAAUCUUUGGCUCCAAUAUUGGCAAUUUUUGUCUUUCACAUUUGUUGGGUUGGGGAGGUAUCAAUAACUUCAGAUAUUUGUAUAAUUUUUGAAAUUUUCCUUGGCAUGAAGUUCACCAAUAAUUUGGCAAUGGAUGAUGCACUGAACAAAAAUGUGAAUUACCCCUUAAAAUCAGCAUUGCCAAGUAAGCUAAUUUUCUGCUCAAGAUUUAUUUAGUCUUGUGUAUAAAGUGAGAGAAUUCUUUUGCUAAAUGGUCAUUAUGAACCAUUAGUGUUUUGUUAGCUUACAAACAUUAAGGUAUCAUUUCAAUGAGACAUAGACUUCUCUGGAAUAUAAAGACCAAAAACACAACACAAAUGUGUAAUUGAUAUGUAAUUUGUGUGAAAUUUUCAAAUUAAUUUCAUGCUUUUUCACGUGUUUUGUUUUACAAAUUUCAAUGAAAGAUGUGACAUACUGCAACCUUGGUGAACUAUGCUAUAACAUUGGCACCUGUAAUCCUUUAUCCAGUAAAUUGAUCUUAAAAGACCUCCUCACUAGUGUGAUUCUCAUGGUUAAAAAAAUAUUUGGAUGGUCCAUUUACCUGCUUGAUCAGUAACCUGGGUCUCCAUUCACCACCUGCAUUCCCUUGCCACAGAUGCUGUUCAACAUGCUGAGUUUCUCCUUGCAGAUUGUUGCUUCAGUUUCCAGCAUCUGCAGUCUCUUGUCUCCCCACUUUAUUUACUCUUUCAGGCUGAACUCUUUCACACUUUCCCCCAAAUAACAGGAGUAACCAGGAGAACCCACGUGUGUUUUCACUGUGUCAGAUUUUUUAAAAAUUACCCAUUGAAUACUCCUCCAAUGGUGGUCUGCCCUGAUGUACUGUAUCCCCAGGAUUUUUCUUCUAUUUCUGUCUAUGCUGGAGAAAUUCAUAAAUCAAUGAAUUUACCUUUACAUUUUGCUUACAUUUUUUGACACCGUCUAUCCUUGACACUUAUGUUCUCUGUCUAAAUGUCUUUAUCUCCAAUCUGGCUAAUAGUUUUCCAUUGAUUAUUAUGAGCCCAGUGACUCUCAUAGCUACUUCAAUUAUAUAUUCCACUGAGUCUUUUUUUUAAAGUUGUAUCCACCCAGUUGAUGCCACCAGAGCUUCUGAAGUGUCUUCCCACUUUUCUCAGCAGUGAUUGUGUUGUUAUAUACUGAAUACUUAAAACCAAAUCCAUCUUAUUUCCUGUACUUACCCACUUAGCUAUCUCAGAACUAUUACUGUUUAUCUUGCAUCCCACCACUAUUUGACAGAUCAGUCUUUACCACUUCUAACACGAUCUCACAUUCCCCCAACCCCAAAUUACCAAAAAUAUCUUCACUUUUUUUGUCAUUAUCUCACCACAUUCCAAAGGAACGAUUUCCAUUCGGCCUCUAAACCACAGUGCUUGAAUUCAUUUAUGUUUCCAUUCAACUGUAAGAAAUUUGAAACCUGAUCUAUGGCUCAGGAUUGCAAACAUAUUUUCAAGGGAGAUGGUUAGUUUUUGUUUGCACAGUGGGUGGGGUGUUGGAAAGACUUGAACUGGGUUACAGUCAUUUGUUGAAACUUCCAUCUUACUCCAACUUCGAUCUCUAUGCGCUUGGCUUCUUGCGUUGCUCCAUUGAGCUCAAUACAAGCUCAAGAACAUAUUCUCAUCUUUCUACUCCAUAUUUUACAGUCCUUUGCAUUAAAAGUUGUCUCUUAAUUUCAAAACUAAACCACUGCUUUGAUUUUCUCUCAGACGGUGUGUACUGGUAAUUUAGGGUGGGUAUACUGGUACUUCCAAGAAUGAGGUUGGCUCUGACCAGCUUCUUGGAAAAGGAAUCCCUCUGUGUCUACAUGACCAACGUGGGUGUCUCCCUACCUUUUUGUUCUAUUAUUUUUGUGAGCUACUGGAGUGCCUUUUCUGCAUUGCCAGAUCUUCUAUUCUCUCCCUCUCUGCAAUUCUGCUUUAACUUUUUAUGCAUACUUGGGUCCUAGAAACAUCAUUUUUCAUUUGUUUUUUCUAAUAUCUUACAUUGUUUUCUCUUAUUGCCUUACACUUCAAGAUUUUUUUUAAUCAGCACCGUCUCCAGAUAAAUUAAUCUACAGUUGAUCUUUAUGUAUAAGGACAGUACUUUUUCUCUUCAUUUCCUAUUCCCUGGCUCUGUUCCUCUUCAUGAGCUCUGUUCUGUGGUGCCCUUCAAUUGUGAUGAAUGAUCAGAGAUGUAAAACAUUAACCCUUCCUCCCUUUUUCCACUGAUACUGCCUGACCUGCUGAGUGUUUCCAACAUUUUCUGUUUUUUCCAAGUCCCUUGCUCUCAGGUGCCACACUGAAACUAGAUACCUCCUCAUAAGAAGACCGGUCAUCACAUUAACGUCCCUUUCAAAUUCUGAAGUUCAGUCCUCAAUGUUCAUUUGUUCAAUUAUUCUACCAUUUCCAUGUAGUUUAUUUGUAAAUGUAAGAAUGAAGCCACAGACUAUUUUGAUACGUUUAUUCUUUGUUGUAUUUAAGAAUAUUAUUAAAAUGAUCAACCAGUGCUGCAAACGGCUUCCUUACAAGUUGAUUGGAUUAGUAUUAUGUACAUAUUGUUUGCUAUGCUGUGUUUGGCAGUUUUUACCCUGUGAUUGUCCUUGAGAAAUUCUUCUAAACAGGUUAAUGUUUCGAUUAAUACACGUUUCCUGACCAUUGGAGCUUAAUACUGUUCAAGUGACUAUUUAAUUGAAAAGGAAAUAAGUCUUUGCACUUAUUUGUAUGGAAUCCUGACAAUGUAGAACAAAAAAGAACGAAGGGUCUGACGAAGUCCUGACGAAGGGUCUUGGCCCGAAACGUCGACUGUACCUCUUCCUAGAGAUGCUGCCUGGCCUGCUGCGUUCACCAGCAACUUUGAUGUGUGUGGCUUGAAUUUCCAGCAUCUGCAGAAUUCCUUGUGUUUACAACAAUAAAGAACAUUUAACUUUAAGCUUGCACUUUCUAUUGAACUCUCAUUUACUUUUAAGUCCACGUUAAAAAUUUGCUGGGUAAAAUGGUUUAAGUAACACUACUGUUUUGUUGAAGGGUCACUUGACAGUGUGUAUUGUAUCUAAAUACAGUUAAGCCUGACAUAGUGUUAGAGUUAAGGGGAAGCUCUUCACUGGUUUGAGUCAUACCCAUCACAUAGGGCUUUUUGAGCUGAGACCCUUCAUCAGGACUGGAAAAGAAGGGGGAAGAUGCUAGAAUAAGGUGGUAGAGGGAAGGAGUAUAAGGUGAUGGAAAGUAAUAGAUGAAACCAGGUGGGUGGGGGAGAGGGGAAUGAAGUAAGUAGGGAGGUGAUGGGUGGAACAGGCAAAGGGCUGCAGAAGGAGGACUCUGAUAGAGGAAAAUGGACCAUGGGAGAUCUCACUGAUAAUUACCGAAUGUUGAAAGGACUAGAAAAGGUGGAUGUGGAGAGGAUGUUUGAUGGGGGGUCCAGAUCUAGGGGGCACAGCCUCAAAAUUGAGGGGUGACCCUUUAGAACAGAGAAGGAAGAAUUUUUUUUUCAGCCAGAGAGUAGUGAAUUUGGAAUGCUCUGCUACAGACAGCUGUGGAGGCCAAGUAUGCGGGUAUAUUUACAGUGAAAAUUUAUAGAUUCCUGAUUGGUCAGGGCACCAAAGGUUAUGGUGAGAAGGCAGAUGUAUGAGGUUGAGUGGGAUCCAGGAUCAACCAUGAUGGGCUGAAUGGCCUAAUUCUCCUAUGUCUUAUGGGAGGGGUACCAAGGAUAGGCAGGUGAUGAGAAGAGGCA